GUGGCGACCUUGGCCGCGGCCGGGUCCGCCGACGCCGCGGUGAUGACGGCGCUGGGGUACUUCUACAAGCAGAUGACGUCUCAGAGGGUUGAGCUGGAGAGGGAGAAGAUGAAGACAGCAGCGGAGGAGGCGGCGAAGGGCGCGGUGGAUCCGCCGCCGGCCGGCCUCGCUUAGUUAGCUUCCCGCUCGUCGUGCCCGUCUCGUGUGAUGCCAUGGCCGUGCCGUGUGUUUUUAGUUCUAUCGCAUUCGAAAAGCGCAAGAUUCGCUAGGUUUCUAGUUUGCCUGCCAUGGCCGUGCCGUGUGUUUUUCCGCGUACAGCUCGGCCUCCAGGGUGACAAGCCCGCCUUCGGUUCUUGCUGGCGACGCGGCAUAUUCCGCCAUCCUCCAGCGCGGAGGACUCCAAACUCUGCCCACAAAAACAGAUGAAUUGCCGUCACCGCCUAUUCUCGGCCAUACCGCGUCCCGCAUCCAGCACCAACAAGAGGGGGAAGCCAAAGACGAAGGGGGAAGAAAACAGGAAAUCGGCGGAUUCUCCCGGUGUUCAACUCCCAUUCCCCUGCCCUGUUCGUUUUGCCACCCGAUUCGAUCAGGGCAGCGCACCGGACCAGAGUUCUUGAUUUAAUCCUCGGGUGUGUGGUGGAUGGCGGCCCACCUCGUUCUUCUUCUCUUCCACGAGUUCAGGAGGUAGGGAAGCAGGAGGAAGAAGAUAGAUGGAGAGAGACGGGAUGGAGGGCAACAAUCUUCUGCAUUUUCUUGAUACCCCAAGCGCGCAUUACAGACUGAACUGCGAUGGACGAUUUGAAGCCGAAAAUGAUGGGGAUGAUCGCUCUGAUGCAUCAGAUCCAGCUAAUGCGAGGGAAUUGUUGGAGUGUCUGUUGAACCAACCAGCAAACAAAUUCUGCGCAGACUGUGGCAUUCCUGAUCCAAAAUGGGCGGCCUUGCCUUUUGGGGCAUUCAUUUGCAUUAAGUGCUCUGGAACUCAUAGAAGUCUUGGAGUACAUAUAUCAAAGGUGAUUUCGGUGAAUCUGGAUGAGUGGACAGAUGAAGAAGUCCACUGUUUAGCUGAAUCAGGAGGAAAUUCUGUUGUUAACACAAGAUAUGAGGCUUUUUUACCCGAAAACAAGAAAAUAAAACAAGAUUGCUCAACUGAGGAGCGUAAUGAUUUCAUUAGGAAAAAAUACCAGUUUCAGCAGUUUGUGUGUGAUCCACAAUUUUCAUGCCCUUUACCACUUAAUAAGAAGCAUGCACAAGAUAAACACCAGCAGCACAAUAGCAACAAACAUGGUUUUGGUCAUGCUUUCAGGAAUAGCUGGAGGAAAAAGGAUUCAGAUAGCAAAGGACUAAAGAAAAUGUCGGAUGUGGGAAUGAUAGAAUUUGUUGGAUUAAUCAAGGUCAAUAUCGUAAAAGGCACAGAUUUAGCUGUUCGUGAUGUGAUGUCAAGUGAUCCAUAUGUCAUGAUUAAUCUAGGGCAUCAGUCCAUGAAAACUAAGGUGAUAAAGAACACCCUGAAUCCUAUCUGGAACGAAAGACUAAUGCUUUCGAUUCCUGACCCAAUUCCGCCUCUUAAACUGCAAGUAUUUGACAAGGACACAUUCAGCUCCGAUGACCGGAUGGGGGAGGCCGACGUGGACAUCCGGCCACUGAUUGCAGCAACGAAGGAGCAUGAGAACUCAACCAUCACCGAAUUGACGGAGCUUUACAGAUGGUCGGCCAGUGAAGACAGCAACGGUGUGCUUGCCAAGGACAGCGUGAUCUCCAUUGCUAAUGGCAAGGUGAAGCAGGAGAUCACUCUGAAGCUCCAGAACGUCGAGCGCGGGGAGCUCGAGAUUGAGAUCGAGUGUGUGCCACUCAGCCAGUAGCAGCUUCAUAAUGCGACGGGCACUGUUUAGCUUACUUGUGUUCAAGCUUCACUUGUGUGUUUGCUGCGUGCCUCUAUUGUAGUGUACAUGUGUGAGAUAUGUUGUAUGGUAGAUAGGCAGAGGGAAAAUGUCAUCUAUGCAACUUUGAUUUUAGGCUUAAAUUGUUUGUUUGGAUUGGUUCUUUUCAGGCAUAUAUUUCGAACUGUUUUUAGUAGUUCCCCAGACCCCAGUGAUAGCUUGGUACCAGGAUGGUGAAAAGAGCUCAUCUUUUGCCCAUAUCCAA